AUGGCAACCAUUUCAGGGGAUGACGGACCUACUGCGCCAGCCCCUCCUGUAGUCAAUGACCCCAAUUCAACACCUGCGACCAAAGAAGAGAAACCUCUGCCAAAACUCACACCAUCCGAGUUUCGCCAGUAUAACAGAAUGGCCGAACACAUGAACUAUUUCCACGACAACUUUCGCGCGACUUGGAAGGUCUUAUACGGAGCUUGCGAGGCACAGAAGAGGCCCAAGAACAUGUCCAUCCGCCAGUUCAUUAGCAUGGGCCAACAAUUCUGCCAUCACCUCACAGUGCACCACACAAUAGAAGAACAGCACAUUUUCCCUGUGCUAGCUAAAAAGAUGCCUGCCUUCAAAAAGGAACUCGAGCUUCUAACGCAGCACAAGCAGAUCCACAAAGGUCUCGAUAAGCUGGAAAAGUACCUGGAAGAUUGUGAAAGCGGAGAGAGGGAGUUGCGAUUGGGUGAGUUGAAGGAAAUUCUAGAUUCGUUUGGGGAUGUGCUAUGGCAACAUCUAGACGAUGAGGUUAAGCAGUUGGAGGCGGAGAAUAUGAGGAAAUACUGGAGCCUGGACGAGAUGAGGAGGAUUCCUAUGUAG